GGGCGGAAGUGUGUCACAGCCUGGCAGUCGGCUCUAGGAGGAAGUUCGUCACGUCGCAGUUGUCUCGGCACAGCGGAUGUGUGUCGCCGCUUAGGUGACGCUGGGAAGUGCUUGCAGCCCCCGCCGCUGCCUUUUGGUUGAAGCACUAUGGAGGGAGAGAGGAAGAACAACAACAAACGGUGGUAUUUUACUCUAGAACAGCUGGAAAAUAGCCCGUCGCGUCGUUUCGGCGUGGACUCAGAUAAAGAACUAUCUUAUCGCCAGCAGGCGGCCAAUCUACUCCAGGACAUGGGACAACGUCUCAACGUCUCACAACUGACUAUCAACACUGCUAUAGUAUACAUGCACCGGUUCUAUAUGAUUCAAUCUUUUACACAGUUUCAUCGCUAUUCUAUGGCUCCAGCAGCCUUGUUUCUAGCAGCAAAAGUGGAAGAACAGCCAAAAAAACUGGAACAUGUCAUCAAGGUAGCACAUACUUUCCUCCAUCCACAGGAGUCACUUCCUGACACGAGGAGCGAGGCAUACCUACAACAAGUUCAAGAUCUGGUGAUUUUAGAGAGCAUAAUUUUGCAAACCCUCGGGUUUGAACUAACAAUUGAUCACCCACAUACACAUGUGGUAAAGUGCACCCAGCUUGUGCGGGCAAGCAAGGACUUAGCACAGACAUCUUACUUCAUGGCAACCAACAGCCUGCAUUUGACCACAUUUAGCCUGCAGUACACACCUCCUGUGGUGGCCUGUGUCUGCAUCCAUCUGGCUUGCAAGUGGUCCAACUGGGAGAUCCCAGUCUCAACUGACGGGAAGCACUGGUGGGAGUAUGUUGACGCCACUGUGACAUUGGAACUUUUAGAUGAAUUGACACAUGAAUUUCUACAGAUUCUGGAGAAAACUCCAAGCAGGCUGAAACUCAUUAGAAAUUGGAGGGCAUACCAGGCUGCCAUGAAAACUAAACCAGAUGACCGAGGAGCAGAUGAAAACACAUCAGAGCAGACAAUCCUCAAUAUGAUUUCUCAGACCUCUUCAGACACGACUAUUGCAGGAUUAAUGAGCAUGUCAACUACUUCUACUACAAGUGCAGUGCCUUCCCUUCCUGUCUCUGAAGAGUCAUCAAGCAGUCUAACUAAUGUGGAUAUGUUGCAAGGCGAGCGAUGGCUGUCUUCCCAACCUCCUUUUAAACUAGAAUCUUCUCAGGGUCAUCGGACUAGUGAGAAUUUAGCACUUAUUGGAGUUGAUCAUUCCUUGCAACAUGAUAGUUCGAAUGCAUUUGUUUCCCAGAAGCAGAUUAGUAAGAGCGUGCCAUCAGCUAAAGUUUCACUUAAAGAGUACCGUGCAAAGCACGCUGAGGAGCUGGCUGCUCAGAAGAGGCAGCUGGAGAAUAUGGAGGCCAAUGUGAAGUCACAGUAUGCAUAUGCCGCUCAGAAUCUCCUGUCCCACCAUGACAGCCAUUCUUCAGUCAUUCUGAAGAUGCCCAUUGAGGGCUCAGAAAAUCCUGAACGACCUUUUUUGGAAAAGGCUGACAAGUCAGCUCUGAAAAUGAGACUCCCGGUGGCCAGUGGAGAUAAAGCAUCCUCCUCAAAACCAGAGGAGAUGAAAAUGCGCAUUAAAGUCCACUCUGCAGCUGAGAAGCACAAUUCUGCAGAGGACAGCAUCUCCAAGAGCCGGGAGCACAAAGAAAAGCACAAGCCUCAUCCGUCCAACCACCAUCACCAUCAUAAUCACCAUUCACACAAGCACUCUCACUUACAGCUGCCUGUCGGUGCUGUGAACAAACGGCCAGGUGACCCAAAACACAGCAGCCAGUCCAGCACCUUAGCACACAAACCAUAUAGUUUGUCUAGUACUUUGUCUUCUUCGAGCUCUACUCGUAAGAGGGGUCCCCCGGAAGAGACUGGGGCAGCAGUGUUUGAUCAUCCAGCCAAGAUUGCCAAGAGUACUAAAUCCUCUUCCUUGAAUUUCCCCUUCCCUCCUCUUCCUACAAUGACCCAGUUGCCUGGGCAUAGCUCAGACACAAGUGGCCUGCCCUUUUCACAGCCUAGCUGUAAAACUCGAGUUCCUCAUAUGAAACUGGAUAAAGGCCCUCCUGGGGCUAAUGGUCACAACACAACUCAGUCAAUAGAUUAUCAAGAUACUGUGAAUAUGCUCCACUCCCUGCUCAGUGCCCAGGGUGUUCAGCCCACUCAGCCCCCUGCAUUUGAAUUUGUUCAUUCUUACGGUGAAUAUAUGAAUCCACGAGCUGGUGGAAUCUCCAGAUCUGGCAAUACAGACAAACCUCGACCACCACCCCUACCAUCAGAACCACCUCCACCACUUCCACCUCUUCCCAAAUGAAAAAAAAAAAAUGAGGCGAAAACUUAAAAAACAAAAACACUUUGUUUUUGGGGGAUUUUUGGUUUGUUUUUGUUUUGACUACUGAUACUGGACUACGAAAAUUACAUCCCUUAUGAAAUAUGUCACCAUUGGACUAAGGAAUAAAUUGAUAUUGAGACAGGUGGGAGGGUGGUGGAGGCCUCAGUUAUUACAUCUGCCUCAUACAUCUAUCUUAUAGUCUGUACUGGUAUCAGAGGUAAGAUUGUGUUGAAGCUGUGAAGGAUUAAGAACACUGUUCUUGGCCUCUCCUCAUCCUUAUGGGGUUGAUUGAAGUACUCUUCCCCUCUUCUUGCUGGAACUGAAUCGUGGGGGUGAUCAAGCAGUUUGUUUAACAUAUCAGAAGAGGGAGUAUUUAAACGUCAGAUCUUUAAGAGACUUAAAAAUAAUUUAAAGAAAGUAAGUUAUCUGUUUAGUUUUUUUAUAUAAUCGGGAAGGGGAAGGGGUUUUGCUGUGUGUAUGAGGUACAUAGC